AUGGACUCCAUUGAAGAAUCCAAGGUACUAAAUGCAAUUAAAACAAAAUUACCACCGUGCUGCUUAAGAAUAUUCAGAAAUGAAGUAAUCCUCGUUGGAACAUACGACCUGGACAAGUCUACAGGUCGCAGAUCCGGAUCAUUGGAUGCGUUCACAAUGGAUCUCAAACCUUUGUUUUCUUACAAUACCUAUGGGGCUAUUCUAGACAUGAAGUUAUCUCCCUUCGAUGAUACAUUAAUAUGUACGGCACAUUCAACAGGAAACAUCAUGUUAUGGAGGAUUAUUUGCGCAAAAAAUGACGAGAUUGAGACGGAGAAACUAGAUAUCUCUGAACUUACGAAUUUACAACUCUUUGAUGGAGAAGUACUCAUUACUUCAUGUCAUUUCUCCCCACUUGCCUCUGAGAAACUAGUUGUGACGAAUACAAUCGGUGAGACAGCUACCAUUGAUAUAGAAACACUGGAGAUUCAGUUUACAGCAUCAACCGUCCAGCAAGGAUAUUCAAAGCUAGAUAAAAUAGAGUAUGCAGUUCAAGGUGCAACGCAGAAAGUGAUUCAGGCUGAGCCGGAACAAUUUCUGAAAUCACAUGAGUUAGAGUGUUGGACUGCAGAAAUUGGCUGUCUACAGCCAUUUCAAGAUGUCGUGUUUACUGGAGGUGACGAUUCCACAAUUGUGGCCCACGAUUUGCGCUCUAAAGAGUUUGUUUGGAGUAAUAGUCGUAUUCACGAGGCCGGUGUUAUUGGCAUCAAGUGCAGUCAACCUAGUUUUCGAAAUGACAAGCCAACGUCGAUAAUUACAGGAUCCUAUGAUGAUAAAAUUCGUUCACUGGAUUUACGAAUGUUGGGUGACUCUAUUUUUCCUGGCGAGAACGUGCCGGUGAUCAAUAAGUUGGAGUGUAACCUUAGCGGCGGCGUUUGGAGAUUUAUUGAGCAACCUACUGAAUUUAGCAACCCUAUUCAUGAUGGCUCUGAUAGACUUCUAGUUUGCUGUAUGUACGACGGUGCCAAGGUGGUAACGAUGAAUGAUAAUUCCGAUGAAUACUUCCAAAUUCAGCAUUAUCUAAAGAAGGGGCACAAUUCAAUGUGUUACGGUGGGGACUGGUCAAACUCCUUGAUCGCAACGUGCUCAUUCUAUGAUAAUUCUCUCCAAACAUGGACUGUAUAG